CACCUCUCCAGCAGCAAUGAUCAUAAAAUCUCGAAGCCGGACCAUCAGAGUUGGCGAAAGAGUAUUGAAACAACUUCCAUCGCGCACUGUCCUCUCAUCCACAAUAUUCAAAUAUGGCAUCCCUCACCUAUGUCAACGAAGAUGGUGCUGGCCAGAAGUACAGCGAUCUCUGCCACUAUUCACAACCUGUUCUACUCCCCGGAAAAAUUGUGAAAUACGCCGGACAGGGCGGUUGGACCAACUCGGGGAGUCUCGAUGCCAGCGAUACCCGGAAGCAGAUCGACCUAGCGUUUGGGAACGUCGAUAGAGUGCUUCAGACUGCUGGAAUUAAAGGGUGGGAAGAUGUCUAUCUUGUCCGAACUUACCACGUCGACCUGGACACCUCUUACGACUAUCUCGUCAAGAAGCUCAAGAAGCGUAUUCCUGAACACCGACCAGUCUGGACUGCUAUCUCAAUUGCCCGCCUUGCUUUCCCGGAGAUGUUGAUUGAGGUCGAGGUCGAAGCAUUCCAAAACGAGGCCUAACGUUUCCUUCAUUCUAUGUCCGUCGUUAGAAUGUUUCUCCAGGUUCAACCUCCCCGCUUGUUAUGUAGUCG